AUGGGGCAAAGUAAUGCAAAACACAUUUACACAGUUUUUGAUAAAUCGAAUCCAAAGAAAUUUGAUGAAACUGAUUUAUAUUCAGAACUAUUAUAUUCCUAUAAUAAUCUCAAACAAUAUGAUUUUUAUUUUGUUAACCAUAUUGUAGAUAAUGUAGAACAUUUGACUUUAUUUUUUAAAUUUUUAAUAACAACCCUGGAAAGAGUUUUGACAGGGCAGGAUGAUAAAUAUAUUAAUGAUUGUAAUGUGUGUAUAAAAAUAUGUUUGUGUAUUUUUCCAGUACUUCAAUAUAAUUAUAAAAAAAAAGAAAUAUUUAAUUUAAUGUGGAAAGAAAAUAAUUUCGAAAAUUUAGUAUGUACAAAUUAUGUUUGUAAUAAUAUUUUGAUAUUACAUAUUUUUAAUUUUUUAUUAAUAAUCCUUUUUACUGAAAAUAUAAGUAUUAAUAGUAGAAAUCAGAAUGAUCACAAUAAUUAUAAACAUCGAAAUAAUAUUGUACUAGCCAAAAAUACUAUUGAUAUAUAUAAACUUUGGCUAGUCAAAUUAGUAACAUAUGAAGACAAUGCUGAAACUUCAAAUAUUAUUACAACUAAUAAUAGAAAUGCUACUUUUACAAAUUCGAUAAAUGAAUAUAAUAUAAAUAAUAAAUUAAAUGAUGAAAAUAAAAAUAAGGAAUUUUUUGAAAACGAACAAACUCAAAAUGUUGGAGAUAAUAAAGAAAUGAAUGAAGAAAUAAAUAAAAUUGAUGAAUGGCCAAAUAAAAAUAAUAUAUUGGUUAAUAAUAGUAAUGAAAAUAAUAAAUACAUAUUUACAAAUGAUAUAAAAUAUAUUGAAUAUUGUGAAGUUAGUGAUAGAAGGGAUAAUGACAAAGAUAUUAUAAAAUAUAAUAACACUAUUGAUUUAAAUUUAAUUAAUAAUAGAAUAAAUAUAUUAAAAUGUCUAUUAAUACUUUUAAGUUCAUAUAUGUAUAAUGAUAAUAAUAAUUAUUUAGAAGAAAAAAAUAUGUAUUUAUAUCUUUUUACUAGUGGGGAUAUAUAUUUUAGUUCCAACUUGUUUAUUUCAUUAUUAAAUGUAAUUUAUGAUAACGAAUUUAAUUAUUUCAAUUUUUAUUUUUAUAAUGAUACAUAUCUAGAAUUUUAUAACUUGUGCAUUCAUGUUUUAAAUAUAUUAAUCGAUUUUAAUCCAUUUGUUUUACAAAAUAAUAAAAAAGUGCAUUAUAUAAAUAGCGCUUUAGACUAUUUUUUUUCGGUCAAAAAAUUUUCUGGUAAGCCAAAAAGGGAAGCAGCCAAUGAAGAAAGCGUGAAAAGUAAAAAGGAGAGAGCGAAAAAUGGAGAGGACAAUGACAAUAAUUCUGAGCAAGUUGGUGCUAAGCAAUUAAAGAGGUUCUAUUAUUUUGAUUCAAUUAUAUGCAGCUAUUCUUCUGAAGAAUCAUAUAAUUCUUCUGAUAGCAUUAAGGAAUAUGGAAAUGAAGGAAAUAGUAGUAAAAAAUCUAAAGUUAGAGAAGCUAUUUAUAAUUUAAAACGCGCUUUGAAAAUAAAGAGGAACUAUUUAUCAAUAAAUAGAUAUAAUAGUAGUGCAAAUAAUGAGGAUACCGAUUAUUAUGAGUAUAUAAAAAAUAGUAAAAAAAUAAAAUAUUUACAAACAAGAAAUAUAUUUUUAGUUAUGUUACGAAAUUUGGAACUAAAUUCAAUAAAAUAUAUUUAUAAAGGUGUUUUAAAUAUGCUAAUAAGUUAUAAAUUAUACUUUGAAAAUUAUGAAGAAGAUAUAUUUUUUAUAAACAAUUAUUUAUGCUUGUUUUGGAAUAUUAUGAAUAACAAUAAAUUGCUUGUAAAAUAUGUGAAAAAUCAUAAUAGUAGUAUGUUUUUAUUUUAUAUAUUAUAUAUAUUAAUAUGUUUUAAUAAUAAACGAAAGAAAGAAAUGCAAUUGUUUUCCGACAUAAAAAAAAGUGAACCAUUAAAUGGAGGAAGUAAAAGUUUUAAUAACAAUGGAAAUGAUGAAAAACAUAUGAACAAUAUAAAAACUGAAAAUUUAAAUAAUGAAAAAUAUUUUUAUAACAACGAAAAAUUUAAUAUAUCAAACAAAUGUGACGAAUUUAAUAUUCGUAAAAUUGAUGGAUUAAUAUAUAUAUGCUUAUUUAUAAUAUUAAAAUUAUCAUCAAAUUCAAUUGUAUGUAAAAAUUUAAAUCAAAAAUAUAAUCAAAAAAUAAAAAUAAAUUCCCUUAUAAAAAAUGUGCACCAAUUUGAAACUUAUGUUGACUUUUUAAUAUAUGCUUUAUGUUUGUUAGUUAAUGACAAUAUAUAUUUUUUAAAGUUCGAACGAAUUAUAGAUAUGUCUAUUAUUAUACUUACAAAUAUCAGUGUUUAUAUAAAAUCAAUGAACAUAUAUUCCUGUGAAUGUAUAAUUAAUAUUUUGAAAAAAAUAUUAAAAAAAGAAUGGAUAUUAUCAUCACAACAUCACCAUUAUGCAUUAUUUCUUUUACUGGAUUUUAUCAAUAAUAUUUUAUCUCACAAUUUAAAUGAUAAUUAUAAUCUUGUUUAUACCAUUAUAAAGAACAGAGAUGUUUUUGUUUCCAUUAAUAAUUUGGAUGUUUCCUUAAAAGAUUGUUUUAUUUUCACUCCAAACUUAGGCAAAGAUUAUUGGGUGCCCACCGAAAGUUGGUUAUCCAACUGGAAAAAUAAACUUCCUCUUCAUUUCGUUAAUGCCAUAAUUUAUGAUUUGGCUAGUAUGAUUGAAGAAGAGUGCGAUAAAAAUGAAAUAUUGGAUCAUAAUGAAGUCGUAAAUUUAAUAAAAAACGAAUGCUCAAUAAUAAAAAAUGAGAAAAUACCGUUUAUCAUAAGAAAAUAUGAAAAAAAUAUUUUUCUGUCUAAAUGGGUUACAAAUUAUAUAUAUUUUUUAUUAUUUUUCCAUUUUUAUAAGCAAAAUAUUUUUAUAAAUAAUGGAAUUAAGUUUAUAUUUUAA